AUGUUCGAGUUUGAAGGUAUCCCUUCCCUGGCUGGGCUGGACAGGGCUAUUGGUGAGUCUACUCGGUUGUGCUACUUGAUCCAGGUCCGCUGACACGCUCGAUCGAUCUCCCUUUCUCCCUGUUGCGCUGCCAUCGACCGCGUGUGGACACGUUCGCGCUUCUCCGGCUGCUCGUCGCGUCGGACCACCUCCAUCUCGUCUGCCUUCGCCGCGCCGUUUGCAUACGAUGAUACACCCGACUUCAGCCGUGAUUGUCGUAUCCGAGAUUGGCGACAAGACUUUCCUCAUGUUAGUCCCCUUCCAAAAAAAAAACAGCUGAACCUCUUCCCAACGAAUGCACGUGACUGAUUCUAUUCUCUCGGCCCCUCUCUCGCGACUCGUGUCUACCCGCGUGCCACGCCAUGGUCGUUCAACUCGAGAUCGCGCACAACAGUGCCGCCAUCUUGUCGAUGCGACAUCCCCGAGUCACCAUCUUCGCCGGUGCGCUCGCCGCCCUCGCGGUCAUGUCGUUGCUCUCGUCCCUGUUGGGGCAAAUCGUGCCGACCUUGCUGCCGAAACGGUACACGACCAUUGCCGCUGCUCUGCUCUUCUUCGUCUUUGGCGCGAGGAUGAUGCAAGAGGGCUUGGAGAUGGAGGCUGGUGAUGCGGGACGACAAAAAAUGGAAGAGGAGAUGAAGGAGGUGCAGAAAGAGGUCGAGGAAGCCGAGGAGGAAGCCGCGAGUGGGAACGCAGGGCGGAAAGCGGCGUACCAGAUGGUCGACCUCGAAGAGACCAGAUCCGCCGCUUCGUCCCCCGCUGCUGGGCUUCCACGACCCGUAACGAGCUCGAAACGGCGGUCGAGCUUCAGCCUGCCGAGCAAGAAGGAUGCCGUGUCGACCUUGACCGAGGGCGUCAAGAACCUUUUCGGCCUCUUCUUCUCCCCCAUCUUUGUGCAAGCCUUCAUCCUCACCUUCCUUGCUGAAUGGGGUGAUCGAAGUCAGAUUACGACCAUCGCACUGGCUGCUGCUCAUGUGAGUUUUAAUCCCCCGCAUCAGAAGGGUGUCCCUGGAUUCCUAAUCUCACUUCGUCUUCAGAACGUCUGGCUCGUCACUUUCGGCACGACCCUUGGCCACUCGUUCUGUACCCUUCUCGCUGUUCUUGGAGGCCGAUGGAUCUCCCAACACAUUUCCAUCAAGCAUGGUACGUUCACUGGUGCUAACUCGGUUCUACGUCCUCGUAUACGACACUGAUCAAUCUCUUCUCGGUCAACUUUUGACAGUCACCCUCGGAGGCGCUACGCUCUUCCUCAUCUUUGGCUUGAUCUACUCUUACGAGGCUUACAAUUACGUCGACGAUGCCGUCGCUCCCCUGACCCCUUGA